UACGUAUAAAUGUGAAUUUCGCCAUUUUAAGAAAUGGGCGGUCGGUUACUUCUCCACCGUGACUUCUUUGAAAUUUGACUAGAUGUACUGCUUUACGUAUGUAUACGAGUCCGACCGAUUUGCUGAUCGCCGGGAAUAGGAGCCGCGGAGUUAUUUCUUGAUCUUCUCCUUUAUUUCGUUUUUCGAAUCCGUAGAUCGGGAUUCAUUAUAAUGGAUACCGUCAGAGUUAUAUAAGUCUAGAAAUGCUCACGUUUAUGAGAACGAUAGCAUAGGUCUCUCGUAUCAUCGACAACUUACGCCUUUCUUCCGCGCUAAACAUUUUGAACCUUACGAAAACCUCAGAUCAAACAUUCAAAAAUGAAGCUGUCAGGUGCAUCGCUUGUUAGCAUCCUCGUCGCUGGCCUCGCCAACGCGCAAGGCUCUGCUUCUCAGUUUUCAGUUACUGGAUUCUCGGCUGGAGCUACACCGCAUUCGUCGGUUGGACACGCUGGUCUCAGCGUUUCGUUGGACGGCAAGGGUGAAACGAAAUGCUCUGCAAGCCCGCAGACUUACCAAAAGUUUCCCAAUGUCCCUAAGACUCCUUGUGCCGACCCGGCGACGUCUUUCAGCCUGACCCGAACGGCCGACUCCGGUGCGGACCUAGAGAUUUGGCGCGAAAUAUCGCCUGGUGUUUUCGCCCAUGGCAAGCGCACCAUCCCGGAGAGCGAUAUUGUUUUGGGGAAUCAAAAACCCAACCCGAACGGCGCGAUAGAGUCUUAUGUUGGUCCUGGCAGCUUCACCUUCCCAGUUGAGAAGUAGGUUCAUGGAUGUUUGAAGAAAUACUGAAUACGAUGGGGGAAAUGGAUAUGAUGUAUAUACUAGGUACCUAGCUGCUAGUAGCCUAGGUACCUAGAUAUUGGAAGUAGACUUUGGUUUGAAUAAUGCUUUAUGUCGGUAGCGAUUUUCCAUUCUAUUAGAUAGACCUUUAAACCAGAUAUUCAUGUUAGAGAUCUUUAUUUAAUUUCUUGACUUAAUAUGAU